GCCUCGGCCCGGCCCGCGGAGCCCGCGCCGCAGACAUGGGAAAAUCUCUUUCUCACCUGCCUUUGCACACAUGCAAGGAGGAGGGAUAUGAUGGAAGCACAGUGUCUGAUAACAUGAGGAAUGGGUUAGUUAACUCAGAAUCCCACAAUGAGGACAGCAGAUGUGGAGAUGUGUCGCAGUUUCCUUAUGUGGAAUUUACAGGAAGGGACAGUGUCACCUGCCCAACUUGCCAGGGAACAGGAAGAAUUCCACGAGGACAGGAAAAUCAGCUGGUAGCACUAAUUCCAUACAGUGAUCAGAGACUGAAGCCAAGAAGAACAAAGCUCUAUGUGACUGCUUCUGUAAUUGUGUGUUUACUGCUUUCUGGGCUGCCUGUGUUCUUCUUGUUCCCUCGUGCAAUCGACGUGGAAUAUGUUGGUGUGAAGUCAGUGUACGUCAGCUACGAACCGGAUAGACGAAUCAUCUAUCUCAACAUCACAACCACACUAAAUAUAACGAACAACAACUGCUACUCUGUCGAAGUGGCAAAUAUCACAGCCCAGGUUCAGUUUUCAAAAACAGUUAUUGGCAAAGCACGGCUAAACAACAUCACCAACAUUGGUCCUCUGGAUAUGAAACAGAUUGACUAUAUGGUGCCCACAGUCAUACAAGAUGAAAUGAGCUACAUGUUUGACUUCUGCACUUUACCAUCUAUCAAAGUGCAUAACAUAGUAGUGAUGAUGCAAGUGACAGUGACAACCUCUUACUUUGUCCACUCUGAGCAAAUAUCCCAGGAGCGAUACCAGUACGUGGACUGUGGAGGAAACACAACUUACCAGCUGGGCCAGUCAGAAUAUUUAAAUGUACUUCAGCCUCCUCAAUAAAAGCACCUGUUGGUUAGUGUGAAACUACUGCUGUUGAUGCUUGCAGUGAUCCUUUCAGUAGGACUGGUACUGUGUGAAGGGAAGAGUACAUGCAUGUGACGCAUAGCAAACAUGGAGACCUGUUCACUUCAGGUGCAGGGAGGGAAAAGGUGCAAAAUGUAUAUAGAUGCACUUGUUAAAUGUUGUGUUUUCCCCUUCUGUUUGCUUUCUGUUACUGUAAGCACUUCUGUCAAGCUGUGUGGUGGGAGGGAGAGUGGGAAUAUCAGAGUCUUGAACUGAACUGGGACCUUUCUUUACUGUGUGGUACAUCAGCUUAGAGUAACUGUGUGUUUCUGUGUUUAGGUGAAAUGUGUCACUAAUGAGCAUUUUGGAGAACUUGAUACUCAAAUUUUAAGUUUAUACUUCAGUUCUUGAUAUUUGAAUAUUAAAACUCACAGUAUUACUACUCAAAUAACAAGAUUACUUUGAAGUAUCUGAGUAUGAAACUUCUCUUAGUAACCCAGUGGCAAUAGUUCUUUACUUUAGGAUUCCACUUUUCAUUUGCUAUACGUGAUUGAUUAGAAGUGACAUGCAGUCUGUGAAAGCCAGGAAAGCUCUCUUGGAUGACACUAUACUUGAAUGUGCAACUUCUGGAAUCUGGCAUCUUUUCAUUUUACCUCCUGCUACCUCUGGGAUGUUGUAAGGAGAAUGCUGUUUGGUUUAAAAACAACCUUCAGAAUCAUUACUGACAAAGUAUCUUCCAGACUGUAGAAAAACAGUGGGUAAAGAAUUUGACAGUAUCUUUCUUUUUCUUGCCUUCCCCCU